AUGGCAGAGGGCAUAAUAAUCGAUGACGAAACUGGCAUUUUACUGCUAGAUGAUCACUUCAAAGUUGGGUUAGGGGAACUCGUACGGUACAAAUUUAGUGUUAGUAAAAAGAUCCUAGAUUCUCAGAAUAUAAAUGUGACAGAAUUGUAUUUGAGUUUUAAAAAUAUGGAGAGUGGGCUAUUGCGACCCAUUUAUCUGACAGGCCCAUAUUCUUUUUACAUUGACAUACGGCCAUUUAACUAUAAUGAACUGAAGAAAUUCGAAGGAGAGGAUUUGCAGUUUUGUGAGGAUGUAAAGCCAUGGGAAGAAUACAGAGCAGUUUUACGAAUCAAUGAGAAUUCUCGUGUCGGAGAUUCUGAUGAGUACGUUUGGCUUAUCGAUGUUCUUUCCCAGCUUUCUGUUACUGCGUUGCCGACAUUGAGCUUCAGAUUGUGUAUUGGCACAAAAGCAUCACGAGAGAUGCCCAAUGGGCAAAAAGUGGUCAUGGCAGCGGGAAUCUCGUGCGCGAAAUGGGACACUCGAACGUUGUGGAACUUAGAUCCACCAUUUCCUGAACGUGAAAGCCAUCUUGUAUUUCUCACCCACGGCAUCUUCUCUAACGCAGGUUGCGAUAUGUUGUAUCUGAAGGAUAAAAUCGAAAUGGCUGCCGCGAGUCUCCCUGACAGCGAAAAUCCGAAUUUGUUAGUACGAGGGUUUAUGCAGAAUAUUGGCCGAUCGAGCAAAGGUGUUAGAACGCUAGGUACACGUCUUGCCAAAUACAUCAUCGAGACCGUGGAUGAGCUACGUUCGAGAUUCAAAAUUACCAAGAUAUCUUUCAUUGGUCAUUCAUUGGGCGGCCUUGUUCAAGCAAUGGCUGUGCACUACAUCGCCGUUAAGCGACCUGACAUUUUCGAUAAACAAACCGGUUUGGAACCUGUCAAUUUCAUUACUCUGGCCACGCCCUACCUCGGCGUCACGGGUGAGACGCCCAAAUUCAUAUCUUUGGCGCUAGAUAUUGGCGCUUUGGGUCAAACAGGCAUAGAUCUGGCGCUGCAGCGAACGUUUUUCCUGCACUCCGAUGGGUUAGUUGCGACAGAACAUAAGCCUUGUUUUAACACCAAAGGAAAGGCACUUCUGGAACUAAUUCCAAUGGAUCCUGCUUUGUCAAUUUUCAGCAGGUUCAAGAACCGUACAGCGUACGCUAAUGUAUUGCACGACGGUAUAGUACCACUACGUACUUCUGCCUUACUGUAUUUGGACUGGAGAGGCCUGGGAGAGGUUCGAGGAGCACGAACUAAGGAGCACGGUAAUGAUCCCGGAAGGUCAGACGCUGGUAGCAGUCGAAAAGAUAAGGCAGCUGGUGAAAUUCCUCAAGAGACCAUGGAUAAAAAAUCCGCUCUACAAUAUAUUCUCCCACAGGCGCUUAUCAAAAAGAACAAAUAUAAACGGUAUAAGCGGACCCAGAUUGUGAAAAGCAACUCAAAGCUGAACGCAAGCGAUGGUGCAACUGAAGAAAUGGAGACAGAAGAAGAUUUCACUCCUCCUCCAAAGGCGUCCGCAUUUGAAUCCGCGGCCAAUGUUCUAUUGGCUCCUCUACCAAGUCAAGAAUACUUGAAGGACCCAAGCAAGCGCCAAGACAAAAUAAUUCACGACAAAGUGUACACUCCUGAUGAGCUUCCUCCUGCUCAUUAUUCGAAAAGGCCUGUCAUAAAGAAACUAAUGUACCCUAAUGACCGCAUUCAUCGUGUUCAAGAGCGAAUUGCUCGAAAAUGGCAAGAAACGAUGACCUGGAGAAAAGUGCUGGUCACACUCCAGCCGGAUUCGCACAAUAACAUUGUAGUGCGUCGUAGAUUUGUCAAUUCAUUUGGCUGGGUUGUUGUUGAUCACCUGGCUCGUUCGCAUUUUGGUAAAUCAAGUUCAUGA